UGCAGUUUCGUAAACAUAUAAAUACUGCAGUUUCUUUUCGUAUACCAUCACAGUUCAUUUGACGACAAUACAAAAUUCACAGUGAACAAGAAUAUACUCUUAAAAUAAUCAUGAAAUACGUACUAUUUUUCGCAGGAGUUGUACUCUUUCAAAUGAUGAGCACAGUGCAUGGAAAUAAGGAAAUGUUUUUAGCAUGCGCCAAAGAACUUGGAAUAUCAGAAGCUGCACUCAAAGAGGGUCCUGGAAAGAAUAUGAAAAAACCAGAAUUCCGUUGUAUUCACGCAUGUGUUAUGAAGAAGGAUGGUAGUCUUGAAGCCGGUAAUAAAUUAAAUUUGGAUAAAAUGAGGGAAAAUGCUCCAAAACAUUUAGGAGAUAAAGCUGAUGCAAUGAUUAAUGCAGCAACCGAGUGCGCUGAAACAUCGAAAAACAUUACCGAUGAAUGUGACUUUGUAAAUGAACUAUUCCACUGUAUAUUUGAAAAGAUUCCAGAUUUGAAAAAACAUCCCAAAUAAGGUGGAUAAAAUGGAUUUGGAUUUAUAAUUGUAAAAAAAAAUUUAUUAUUUUCAUGUAGAAAGUCAAAAUCACUGAUAUAGAGGAAUAAAGAAAUUAUUAUAUUAAAUCAUGAA